AUGUCAUCCUUAAUUUAUAGAUGGUUUCUUUCACAAAAACCUUUGAAUUCAGAUGUGUCUGAAUUAGAAACAAGUUUGAACAUUAAAAAAUCCAUUCAAUCUAUCAAAAAUUAUCGUUGGACAUGGAAAAGUAUAUGUCACUAUGGUUUUAUGGCAUCAAUUUUACUUUUUACUUUUAUCACAAACCCUUUGCCCUGGAUUAUUAAAUGCUCAAUAUAUUCAUUUUUAAUACUUUUAUUUCUAAUUCCUUUGACAAGUCAGUUUUUUUUCAACGCUUUACCUAUCUUCACUUGGUUAUCACUUUAUUUUACAUCUUCUUAUUUCUCACCAGAUAAAAGACCACCCAUUACUGUUAAAGUCUUACCUGCAAUUGAAACCAUAUUAUAUGGUGAUAAUUUGUCAGAUAUUUUAGCCACAUCAACAAAUUCAUUUUUAGAUAUAUUAGCAUGGAUCCCAUAUGGUCUCUUUCAUUUUGGUGCUCCAUUUGUAGUUGCUGCAAUUCUAUUCAUCUUUGGUCCACCAACUAUCUUACAAGGUUACGCCUUUGCAUUCGGUUAUAUGAACCUUUUUGGUGUCAUUAUUCAGAAUUUUUUUCCUGCUGCACCACCAUGGUAUAAGAUCCUUUAUGGUUUACAGUCUGCACAUUAUGGUAUGCAUGGUUCACCAGGUGGAUUGGCAAGAAUCGAUCAAUUGUUACAUAUUAAUCUUUAUACUAAUGGGUUUGAAAAUUCUUCAGUCAUCUUUGGUGCUUUUCCAUCUUUACAUUCUGGUUGUGCCACUAUGGAAGCACUGUUUUUCUCCUAUUGCUUCCCCUUCUUAAGACCAUUAUUUAUUGGCUAUGUUUGUUGGUUGUGGUGGUCAACAAUGUAUUUGACUCACCAUUAUUUUGUUGAUUUGAUGGCAGGUUCCGUUUUAUCUUAUGUGAUUUUCCAAUAUACUAAAUAUACUCAAUUGCCUUUAGUCGACACAAGUCUACUUUGUAGAUGGUCCUAUUCAACUAUAGAAAAGUAUGAUAUGGUAAGGGAGGAUCCGUUAAGUUUUUUUGAUAAUGAUGAUAUCGAAAAUAUUCCAUUAGCAUCAUUGGAUAAUUCGCGAGUCCUCGAUUUAAAUGAUAACAGUGUUUUAGAGUUUGAUUUGGAUGAUCAAGAUAGUGUGGCACCAACAAACAUUUUUGAUAGAAAUUCAUAUACUUCACGAUCAUCUGCUACAUCAAAUAUUUCCCUAGACGAAAUUAUUUUGCCACCAAGAGUUAAUAGCAAUAAGAGAAUAGAUUAA